AUGAAUGGAUUGGUUCCAGUUGGUGUGACAGGUCAAUCACCAUCGGAUGCACUACAGGACGUACUGAAUCGAUACAGAUUGCCAACAAUAUCAUCAGGUGGAAGGGCAUCAGGCACACUCAAAUCGACCACGACCACAGCGACAGCAACACCAACGGCUACCUCGUCUCCAACAUCAAACUACUCAUCACAGGCAUCAGCAGAAGCUUCAGUUCAUCAUGAGGCAUCACAAUCACAACCAUCACAAUCAUCAUCUCCAUUCACCAGUGCUCUCCACCCAUCAAGACCCAAUCCACCAAUGGUUAUCAAUCAUUCAUUGCGAUCGGGACAGCAGGUGUAUGCUGAGAACACAGACUUGAUCAUCAUGGGCAAUGUACACAGUGGAGCUGAGGCUGUGGCCGAUGGAAACAUUAUAAUCUUUGGAAGUCUGAAAGGACGUGCGGUGGCCGGACUGCAAGGUGACAAGUCUGCUAAGAUCAUUGCCAACAAGUUCCAGGCCGAACUUGUAUCCAUUGGACCCGCCUACCAUGCCUGCGAGACCCUUCCACGCACGGUCAAUCCAAACAUACCCACAACAGUAUCACUCAAGGAUGACAAGUUACUCUUUGCCUCUAUCGAUCCAAACACUGCGCAAUAA